CCCCGGCCAGGACCGCGCCCUUCCCGCAGGCCCCGCGGCGGCGGCGGCGCCAUGGAGGGACGGCCCCCCUGAGCCCGCGCCCGGCCCCCUCCUCGCCCGGGAGGAGGAGAAGCGGGGCGUCGGCGGCGUCGGAGGAGCGAUGCCCUCCGGCCCCCGCCCCGCCCGCGGCCCCCCCUGACUCGCCGCCCCGCAGCAGCGCCCCCUCCUCCGGGCGCCCCCGGCCCGCCUUUGGCCAGCCCGCGGAAGAUGAGCGCCGGUUCCCAGGAAGCCCUGGUCUCCGUCUUCCUGCAGUUCAUCGAGGCCCGGGGCUGCUGGUGCUACGGGGCGCUGAGCCAGACCUGCCACCCCCAGGAGCUGCGGCGGCUGCGGAGCGACAUGAACCUGCUCUACCGGAAGAGCGGCAAGGUGGACUGGAAGCCGGGCAAGGACGAGGAGCCCAAGCGGGGGUCAGCCAAGGAGACCAGCGUGGGGAAAGUGCGCGACGUGGCCUCCUUCCGCCGGCAUUUCAGGAUGGGCUUCAUGACCAUGCCCGCCUCCCAGGAGCACGCCCCGCACCCUUGUGCCAGCAGCAUGGCGCCCCGCUCCCUCUCCUGCCACUCGGUGGGCAGUGUGGACAGAGGCCCCGCCGAGGGGGUGGUGGGAUCUCGCAAGCCGCCCGCCAAGCCCAAGCGUCACCCCAGUACGAAGCUCAGCACGGAGGCCCGAAGCGCCCUGGAGCUGAUGGGAAGCAAGAAAGGAGGGGGCCCGAAGGCCGGGGUGGAGAGCCGAGAGGCCGCCCGCAAGGUCCCUCCACAGAAGCCGAAACGCAGCCCCAACACGCAUCUCUCCGUCUCCUUCGACGAGACCUACUCCGGGCGCCUCCCGGGUCCUGCUCCAGCGGGCGGCCUGCAGCGCUACGGCCGGCCCGGGUCGCACAGCCAGGCCAAGGGCUCCGAUGCCGAGGAGGACGAGCCGGUCUAUAUCGAGAUGGUGGGGGACAUUUUCCGGGGCCCCGGGCCUCCCUCGCAAGGAGUCACGGCUGCGGAGGAGGACUCGGACGAGAGCGAGGCCAUUUACGAAGAAAUGAAGUACCCGCUGACCGAGGAAGGGGGGGAGCCCCGCCCCAACGGAGCCCUGGCCUUCCCCGGGCAUCGGCCGCCUAAGAAGGAGGCCGCGAAGGCCGCGCCCGGCAGCAAGACCUCCCCCUGCGAGAUCCCGCCCCCCUUCCCCAACCUCCUGCAGCACCGGGCCCCCCUGCUGGCCUUCCCCCAGGGCAAGAAGGGAUAUAAAGCCCCCGACGGCUCCAAGCUGCCCGUCCUGUGCCACCCCAAGGACACCCCCUCGGCCCCCAUGACCCCCCAGGUGCCCAGCCAUCACCAGCAGCGGGGGGGCGAGAACCCGGCCCUGGCGCCUUCCGGACGGGCUCGCAGCCACUCCACGCCGCUGCCCCCACAGCCGGCCGGGCAGAGCAAGACGGAGAAGGACCUGCCCGCCUCUCACAGCAUGAUCUGCCCCUCCGCGAAGCCGCCCCCCACCCCGGCCCCGCCAGCGGCCUCCGCCUCCUCCGGGCUGCCGGGGAAAGACAAGCCGGCCGUCUCCUACACCAUGGUCUACUCGGCGGUCAAGGUCACCACCCACACGGCGCCCUCCGAGCCGAAGGCCGAGGAGAUCGCGGUGCUGCAGGGCAUGCUGUGCAGCCGGGCGGCCCCCUUGCCCGCUUGCCGGCAGGUGCAGCGCAUUUCCUCGUUGCCCGAGCCGCCCCCGCUGGGCAUGGUCUGGACUUACCCGGCGCCUUGCGCGGGGCUGAAGCGCCCCCCGGCCUACGAGAGCAUCAAGAGCCUGGGCACCAAGGCCUCCUCGGCCGUGAAAAUCCAGCUGCGGGACAGGGCCUUCGCCAGCAUCCACCAGGUGGUGGCCGGGGAGGAGUGCGGCCCCCGGCCGGCCGCAGAGGACGAGGCCUUCGGCUGGAUGCUGCACAGGAGGGCCGGCCUGCGGAAGGGGAAGGAGGCCGACAAGCCCCCAGACGGACCCCAGACGUGGGAGGGCAGCGAAGCGGCUCAGCCCAAACUGGAGAAGGAGGAGAAGGUUGUGCCCGCCCACCCACAGUCCAGCAUCCCGGUCCGUGCGCCCCCUCUGGAGUGCCUGGCAGCCAAGACGCCCGGCGGCAGCAGGACCAACCUGCCCAUCCCCUGCCAAACCUUCCCUGCCUGUCACCGCAACGGAGAUCUCACUGGCGGUUACCUCCUGGGCCGCUCGGCCUCCACCUCGGGCGUCCGGCAGGCUGUGACCCACACGCAGAGGCUCUGCAGCCACUCCAGGGACCCAGGCAGCCCGGCCUUGCCCUACGCCCCGCUUCCCCCGCCGGAGGCUCUGCAGGGCUCGCGGGAGAGGGACGGGAAGCUGCUGGAGGUGAUCGAGCGCAAACGCUGCCUCUGCAAGGAGAUCAAAGCCCGGCACCGGCCCCCCGAGCGCAGCCUCUGCAAGCAGGAGAGCAUGCCCAUCCUGCCCAGCUGGCGGAGGAGCACGGAGAGCCGCAAGUCGGGCACGCCGCCCUGCCGCCGCCAGCAGACGGUGCUCUGGGACACGGCCAUCUGAGCGGGCAGGGGCUGAGCCCCGAGAACUGGUGCCUUGUGCCGGCCGAGCCCGACGGGUGGCAGGGCUGACCGCCGGCCGCGUGUCUCCCGCUGGGGACCCUCCGGAGACUGGGGGGGGCUGCCCCUCCCGCACGGCAGCUGGAAGGACGCCGGGAGGGGGACCCACGUUUCUUUCACGGCAGGGGGAGAAGCCCCUCGCCUCCACGCCAGGGGGCACCUGGGCAUCAGAGGCCGGGCACGCCGGAAGCACCACUGCCCGCAGUGUUGGUGCCGAGCGACUGGUGGACCAUCUCUGACCGGUCUUCGCGGGGGGGGGGGGCGCAGUACAGGGGCUAAGGUGUCCUUCUGGGCCAAAAGCUACAGCCCCCCACCCACCCACGCCGGUUUUUCUUCCACCCCUGAAACAAAACGCCCAUGGGAAAAGGGCUGUGUGCCAAUUUUGGAGGCCCCCCCCCCCCGUUCAAGGCCUGCAAAUCCUUCCAUUUUCGAAGCCGUGUGGAUGUGGAGACUCGAGGGGGCCGAGUUCUUCUUCUGCCAGAACUCAGAGAGAGACGGAGAGAGAGAGAGAAAGAAUGGGAAAGAGAAACCGGUGGAUGAGAGCGGAGGAAUCAUUCCCGAGUCAACGUAGUUCUCGACCUACGGCUACCAUUGAGCCCAAAAUUUCUUGUUGCCAAGCAAGACGGUUGUUGAGUGAAUUCUGCCUCCUUGGACGACCAUCGUUCUUGACACGGCCGUUGAGGGAAUCAGUGCAGUUGACAAGUUGCUCAUUUGGUCGUUAAGCAAAUCCGGCUUCCCCCAUGGACUUGGCUUGUCGGAAGGUGGCAAGAGGGAGGGGGGUCACGUGACCCCGGGACGCCGUCAUAAAUAGGAGUCAGUUUGCCAAGCGUUCGAAUUUUGACCGUGU